AUGCUGCAAAUCCUUUAUUUUGGUUCGGCUCCAUAUAUGCCAGCAUCUCUUUAUGCUUUAUUGGAAGUAAUCCAUGAAUGUAUUGUUGAUUCUGGAGUCCCUUACAAAACUUUAAGACAGAAGAGAACAGGAACUUAUUUAGCCAUGACCUUCAACGAUGAAGAUGCUGUAACCACUUCAACUUCCAGCGAAAGUAGUUAUUUGAAUACAAAAUCUGAAUUUCCCGGUCGAAUUGCCUCUUCGUUUGGGUUCCACGGUCCUGCAGCAUCUGUUGACACAGCCUGUAGUUCAAGUAUUAGCGCUCUUCAAAUGGCCAUUCUAGACCUAACUGUUGGUCGAUCAGAUUAUGCUAUUGUGGCAGGAGCCAAUUUAAUCUUAAAUCCACAACAUUCAAUCCAGUUUCUGAAACUGGGUAUUUUAUCGCCUAAUGGUGCAAGUCGUCCCGCUUUCAAUCGUGUGUUUUUUUUCUUUCCGUUGUCUUUUGAAGCAGGUGUUCAUUAUGCGAGUGAAGAAUCGCAAAUUAAGUUGCUGAGUGAACUGUAUAAUGGAGAAGAUGUUGUAUACGUGGAAGCAGAUGGUACAGGAAUCAAGGUCAAUGAUGCAAUGGAAGUCUCUGCACUCGCUGAGGUAUUCUGCAAAAACCGAACGUCGCCUUUACUUGUUGGUUCUUGCAAAAGUAAUCUUGGACACACAGAAGCUUGUUCAGGUUUGGUGAGUUUGCUGAAAUGUGUGAUGUCCAUACAACAUAGUAUAAUUCCUCCAAAUGUCUGCUACAACCAACCAAUUCCAGAAAUUGCUGAAAUAAUGAAGCAUCAGUUAAAGAUUGUAACGGAACCGACCAAAUUACCAAGUGGAAAAAUUGGUAUCAAUUGUUUUGGAUUCGGGGGUACUAUUGGUCACGUGAUUCUCCAACGAUGUGAAAAGAUUCCGAAGAAACUUUCUAAUGCGGUUCUGAUCCCUCUGUGUAUCCAAGACAACAAGCAAUAUAACAAACUGCUCGACUUUACUGCACUCCAUGCUCGACGUCCAGAGGUUCUCACUUUCCUUUCUUCAAGUUUCUUCAGCCAACCUAGUCAAGACGCACACGCAACCUAUAUCAGUGUUAUUUCAAACGAAAUUAAAAUGAGAACGACAGCUGAAAAGAGAACAGUGCCUGUUUGGCUGGUUUUCCAUGAUGGCCUCUUCAUGAAUAGAAAUAUGGUCAACAAAGAUUUACUGAAUAUUGAUUAUUUUCAACAGUCUUUUCACAGAUACGACACGAUUUUGAAUUCUCUAGGUUACGAAACAUCCCUGACACAAUUAUUGUCCGAGGUGUAUUCAACAUUUAGGGAGAGACUCUUGUUGAGUACAGCCUUACUUAUGGCUUAUGUGGACAUCUUGAAGUUGUGCGAUUUCCAACCAGAUAUGAUUUGUGGCUAUGGCUUGGCUGAGAUCGUUGUUGCCUAUUAUGAUGGCUGUAUCAAUCAAGAUCAAUGUCUUAAAAUUGCUUAUAUGAUUGGAACUUAUUUUACUUCAUCUGAUAAUGAAGAUAAGAAAGAAAUCGACCUUGAAAUACGUUUACCAACGUCGGCGAAGUUUCGUUUACCUAACCAGGCGACGCUUAUAGCAGCCUUGAAUGAGGACACCUUUUACAUCAGAGUGCCCCACGAUUGUCUUGAAACUGUCAAUAAAAUAGGUCUUUUAGGUGGAUUUCUUCAUUGGAUCUGA